UCCGCGACAGCUUGCCGGGCGCUUAAAGCCUGAGCGCUAGAUCCUGAGCGACACGGACGCGGGUUACAGGGAAGCAAGAUGGCGGACGUGCUGGAUCUUCACGAGGCCGGCGGCGAGGAUUUCGCCAUGGAUGAGGAUGGGGACGAGAGCAUCCAUAAACUGAAAGAAAAGGCGAAGAAGCGGAAGGGCCGCGGCUUUGGCUCCGAAGAGGGCUCUCGAGCGCGGAUGCGGGAGGAUUACGACAGCGUGGAGCAGGAUGGCGACGAGCCGGGCCCGCAGCGCUCUGUUGAAGGCUGGAUUCUCUUUGUCACCGGGGUCCACGAGGAAGCCACGGAGGAAGACAUCCAUGACAAAUUCGCAGAGUAUGGGGAAAUUAAAAACAUCCACCUCAACCUGGACAGGCGCACGGGGUACCUGAAGGGGUAUACUCUCGUUGAGUAUGAAACAUACAAGGAGGCCCAGGCUGCGAUGGAGGGACUCAACGGCCAGGAUCUGAUGGGACAGCCCAUCAGCGUGGACUGGUGUUUUGUUCGGGGUCCACCCAAGGGCAAGAGGAGGGGUGGCCGGCGGCGCAGCCGGAGUCCAGACCGGAGGCGACGCUGACAGGUCCUCUGCUGGCCAGGUGUUCCCUGCAGAGAUUCCAUGUGACCACACAGCCUUGGAGAAAUGGGGCCCGGGUGGAACUCGCUGUUUAUAUUUAAUCCUUUACCCUCUUACUUAGUGUUUUGGAACUUGGGGGGGUGGGGGGGUUGCGUUAUAAAUAAAUGUCCCAUUUUUGUUUUCUACA